CAACGCGGAGUUGCGUACGCGCAGUGUACCCGACAUCGUCGCGGAAAGCGGCCGCGCAAUACUUAGUACUACGAGAUUUCGAUAAACUCGGUCCGUGCAUCGUAAAUAUUUAGUUGAAAAUGGCCAGUAAAGCGAAUGGGAUUGAAGAGUCGUGGGCUCGGGCCCCACCACCGAAGGGCACGUUCUUCUCGCGACUGACAAACGCUAUUUACAAUACUGAAGAGAACAGUUUCUUGGGACGGACGCCGAAACGAUGGGGCAUAAUUCUGACCUUCUACGCGGUGUUCUACGCGGUGCUGGCGCUGAUGUUCGCGCUGUGCAUGGGGGGGCUCUACCUCACGCUGGAGAACAAAAGGCCUACUUACCUGCUGCACGAGUCUCUCAUCGGAGCGAACCCGGGCGUGGCGUCGCGUCCCCUGUACGAGACCCCCACACUGCACUACAGGACUCACAACACCUCCGAGUACCAGCCUUACGUGCGUCAGCUCGACGAGUUCUUCGGCAGGUACAGCGAUGAUCUCUGGUACUCCACGAAGACGGAGUGCACCGCCACCGACAGCUACGGGUACCCCAAUAACCCCUGCAUCUUCAUCAAAGUUAACAAGAUUCUAAGCUGGAACCCGGAGUACUACAGCGUCAGCGAGCUCCCAGAGGACAUGCCAGAUGACCUCGUCGAGCACAUACAAGCACUGCCGCCGAGUGAGCAACACCAAGUGUGGAUCUCAUGCGAGGAAGAGAAGUCUGACAACGAGACGCGGCUGGAGUACCCCUGGGGGCGCGGCAUGCCCAGCAGCUUCUACCCCUACAACAACGAGCAGCGCUACCUGAGCCCCAUCGUCGCUGUUAAGAUUACCGCACCAGACAACAAUCUAAUAGUAAUACGCUGCCGAGCGUGGGCGAAGAACAUCAUCUACAACAAGAGUCUGAAGGAGCCCUCCGGGUACACUCGCUUCCACCUGCACAUCGAAGGCAUUGACAACGGGAACAACACCGAGGUCGUCACAUAAGCCGCAAUGGACGCCGAACGUUGCGAUAGAUUAGUAUUUAUUAUGCAGUUGCAUAGGCUGGGUUCGCAUUGGGAGAUUUUGUGAUAAUUAUUGCCAAAAAAAUGAAAUAAAUUAAGACAUGGGAAAAGGCUAGGCCAAUGAUGUGAUUCUUAAUCGCCGUAAAGAAGCAAACAGUUUUUCCCACUAUUAUGUGUGAGCGAUACUUUAACGUAAACUUUAAAGUAGAAAAAAUAAGAAUGUGUUAUAGUUGAAAUUAACUUUUGAGAACGCUGGAUUCGAAAAUUCCUAUCUGACUACCCUGAGAAGAAAUGUCGAAACAUGUUAAGUUCCGUAUCAAGAUUUGAGUUUAAGAUUUCAUCUUCAGCGUUUAGUAGUCCACUGCUGGACAUAGGCAUCCCCCAAUGUGCGCCAUAGCGCCCUGUCUUCGGCUUGCCGCAUUCAGCAUCCGCCUGCACUCUUUCGCAAGUCGUCAGAGAGUUUAAGAUUUAUGGAAUGGCGACCUAAUUAAUCACAAGUAUUCAAAAUAAUAAUUUCAACAAAAGUCCAAAUGUGAAUUCAGCCUUAUUUCAGCGUAAACUGAACAAAAACCAACACGUAACGUAGUAUUAUUUUAAAUAACUCUAUAUCCCACACUAGAAAGUACAAAAUCCUUUACGUCUAUAGCUAUAACUGAGUUAGUGUAAAGAUAUCCGUAUAAUUUUCUACUUUAUGUCCCUUUCAUUGAGUUGAUUAUUCAACAGCAAAAAAAUUAUUAACUUUUCUCGGUUUACGCUGUUUGUAACUGACCAGUGUUCACUUAGCAUGUCCCGUAUUGAUAUUACAUAAUAUGUAUAUAUAGCUAGGUGUGUAUCUAUUCGUAGGUAUUAUUAUCCAUUUGUAUAAGUUAUCAAAUAAAUAUAAUGAAAAGUGAUAGUACAUAUGUAUUUCAAAACACGAAGAUGAAAUAAUAUUUUCAAGAAACUUGCAGGGAAACGAUUUCAGAAUUAAAAACAUACAUUUAUAUAAAUACUCUUAAUAAGAGCAAGUUACAGUGAACGAAAGAGAUGAAGCUAUCUAGUGAGAUAUCUCUAUCUCUUUCGCUUACCGUACCUUAUAAAAUUCAAAUUUGUUAACUAAAUAUAACCUAAAAUUGGUGGCAGGAACUAUCUUUCCAUAAACCUUAUAAUAUUUAUAACAAUCACAAUAUAAUAUGUAUUUAUAGUUGGGAAUACAGCUUUCGUGCUAGAGCUCCAAGAUCUGUUAAAGAUAAAUGUACCUUAUUAUAAACGUCUCUCGUAUGUUCGUGAUCUGAUUUUCGCUAAUAGAGUUAGUUAGGCCUUAGUCUAAAGUAUAUAAUAACUACCAAAGUUUUAGGAGAUAGAUCUACAAGUGCUAAAAUAUUCAAUUUAUUUUACAAGUCAAAGAGCACUCAGCAUUUUGCCUAAUAAUAUGGGUUUAAUGACAAUAAUCUAUUACCGUUUUUAUAGUAAAUUUUGUGAGAAAGUUUUAUUAUUAAAUGAUGCAAUGGUUUUCUUCUACUUUGAUUCGCAAUCCCGGUAAAUACGCGUGAGUACACCGUUGUUUGCUUUAUUUAAUAAUCAAUAAAUUAGUGUCGAUUUUUUAA